CCGGUGAGUUAGAGGUCACAAUCUAAACACCGGUGAAUUUUAGUUGUUCGACCCCGACUCCGACUGUGACUUCGUGUUCGUGUUCACGCCUGAUCUGUUUAUAGCUGUAUUCAAUUGUUUUCACUUAAAAUUCAACCGAAUAUGGCCAACGACGGCAUCCUUUCCGAAUCUGCAGCAGACAUCGAGGCCCUGCGUAGGUUGUCAACUAUGGGGAACUCGGAGCAUGUCAAGAAAAAUAUAUCAGAUGUUCGGCUCGAUUUUGAGAAGAAUUUCGACGACACGGCAUGGCAGGUAUGGUUGGAAAAUUAUUGGUGGCUGUCAAUAGUUGCAUCUGUGAUGUAUAUCUUCACUAUAUUCUCCAUUCAACGUUUCAUGAAACAUAGACAUCGUUUGGAACUCAGAGGCCUACUUAUAGUAUGGAACGUCGCCUUAGCUGCGUUCAGUAUCUUCGGUGCUUGUCGAUCUCUGAAAGCCAUGUACAUUACGUUAACCAGCCGUGGACUUCACGAAUCGAUAUGUACCCCGGGCGAUAUAUAUUCGAACAACGAGAUAACCGGUGUAUGGGCUAUGUACUUCGAAAUUUCUAAAGUUGUAGAAUUUGGAGAUACCCUUUUCAUCGUACUUCGAAAGGGCAAUUUGAUAUUUCUACACUGGUACCACCAUGUGACCGUGCUGAUUUACGUAUGUUACUCCGCCACCGACCGCACUUCGACCGGAUACUGGUUCAUGUUGCUCAACUUUAUGGUUCACUCGGUCAUGUAUUCCUAUUACGCGUUCCGUGCUGCGAGGAUUCGCCUCCCUAAAAUCAUUCCCAUGAGCAUCACCGCUAUGCAACUAUUGCAAAUGAUCGGAGGCUGUGCCGUGCAGCACCACGUCAACUACUCUCUAAACCAUGGAUACGAUUGCCAAGUAACUUCACGAAACAACUUUUUGGGAAGCUUAAUGUAUGGGUCUUACCUGCUGUUGUUCGCACAGUUCUUUUACAAGGCUUACUUAACAACCGCUCCCAAACCACUCUCGACCAAACGACAACUUAAAGAAGAAUAAAACAGAAACUACAUUGUUUAGCUACUUGGACAUUGGGCAUUCGUAAUAUUUAUUAUUCGGGUUGCGUAACUGUGGGUCGCCUGCAUGGUUUCACCAAGAGCAGUACUCGUUUAUAACUUUACGCUAAUAUACAGUGAAAGGCAGAAAACUGUACUUUAUUUUAAAAACAUAUUUAUAACAAUUCGUAAAAAUAUAUCAUCAGCGAAAAUAACAAAAUGAAGGGCUUGUUGAUUGGAUGAUGUAGAACUUACUCAUUAAUAUUAAUUAGAACUUGUGAUGACAACAUUACCAUAUUUUUUCUGGUCAAUUUGGAUUCCAUCAGUUAUUUUGAUUUAUAGAAACUUGUAUUUGUAAAAUAUUUAUAACAUCCCCAGCUUUAUGCCUUUCACUGUAUAUGUCUUGUUUAAGUCUAGAAAUGUAUGUAUCGUUGUGCAGUGAUUGCACAUUAUAUGUCUAGUCAAUUUACUUGAAUUAGUUUUAUGGACAUUUAUAAAACAUUUGUCAUGAAGGAUCCUCACUCUUCUUUCAAAUCUAAAAAGAUGCUUUUAUUGGCGCUAGGAACUGUUUGGUAGCACCCAUUACCUAUGAGUCUUUGCAGGGUUUCAUUAGUCAUUGCCUUAUUUAUUGCAAUGAACGCAAUUUGUUUAAAAUGCUUGAACUUACAGUGAUUCUUUUACUGA